ACAGUGGAGCCGUGCACGUUCCUCAUUGGUCUCCAAAAGCAAAAAAAAACAGGUGACGCAACACGGAAGUAUCGGCGAGAGUCUUCGGGCUGUGUUGUGUUUACCGAGGCUGUGUGUGAAGGCUCUUGGAGAAACAACAACGCGACAUGAAUGUGUUUUUUUCCGGUGUCCUGCUUCUCCUGUGUGCACGCCACACCGACAGCUGGGAUGACGGCAGCGUACUGCUGCGGGACAUCCAGGCACUGACUCUGUACAGGAACCGGUACACCACAGCCAGGCGCUCCAGCCCGAUCCCUCAGCUCAAGUGUGUUGGAGGGUCAGCGGGCUGCCACGCCUUUGUCCCAGAGGUGGUUCAGUGUGUGAAUAAAGGCUGGAAUGGAUUCGAUGUGCAGUGGGAGUGUAGGACUGACAUGGACAACACAUAUCGAUUUGGUCACAUUGAGGUGAGCUGUGAGGGCUACAGCCACCCUGCUGAUGCCUACAUACUGAAAGGGUCUUGUGGGCUGGAGUACACACUGGAACUGACUGAAGAGGGCCAGAGGAGGGCUCACAGUAGCAGGGGUUCCCGUGGUGGGUUUAAAGAUCUCUGGGGAUUUGCCUCCAGUUUCUUUAGUGGUUCAUCAGAAUACGGGCAGCAGCAUGACCGUCAGAGCUCCUACCCUGCGGGCACUCAGGACUCAGGAGGCCUGCUGGUUGUUGCUGUGCUUCUGCUCUUAGCCUAUGGCUUCCAUAAACUGUUCCUAAGUGGGAACAACACUGGGGGGCAAGAUGAUGGACCAGCUACACAUUCUGGACAUAAUUACCACGGCUCCAUGGGUGGACCACCCCCACCAGGAUUCAAACCAGACUACACAGACUACCCUGGAGCCAACCCCAGUUAUGGUUUCCACAGUGAUUACACUCACAGACACCAGUACCCAGGAGGCCGGGCAGCUUCCGGCACAGGAGGGGGCUUCUGGACUGGAAUGGGAACAGGCGGGGUGCUUGGAUAUCUUUUUGGUCGUCAGAGAAGCCAGCCCUACAAUUCUAACUACCCCACUCACACUAACAGACCUGCCAGAGAACCUCCCUCUUCCGGGACACGCGUUACUUCAGGUUUUGGAGGAACCAAAAGAAGAUAGAAGCCCCCCCCCAAUUUGGACACAUUUUCUGCAGUGGACAGAAUAUGACUAAGUGCAUUGAUCUGUUUGCUGCUCGCAGGCUGUAAUCCUUUCUUCAAGCAGAGACGUCCAAACAGAACUUUACUGCUCGGUUAUGUGUUUCUUGGAGAGCUUGCUGUGGUUCAUUAGUUUCUGUCAGCGUGUGGUUUGGGUUUUAGUCUAAAAGUUUUACCGUCGAGCAUAAGAAGCUGGCAUUGCUUUAUUAAAAGGAUAAUAAUGUUUCAUUGAUAAUUAUUGGAUUUGUUAUUUUUUAUUUUUUUUUUUGCAGGCAAGGUAAAUAUUUGAAGUCUUUAACUGCAACCUUCGGCUCAAAUGUCUGUUACGGUGUUCCUCUGCUGAUGCACCUUUUCAUUUCCAAUAAAUGAAAUAUAAGAAUUGACAAAAUGGUUAAUAAAAUGGUGUGUACUGCUGCUCUCUGGCUUUGUGCACCAGCUAAGAAAAAUCCUUAGUCUUUAGAAAAUCCACCUUUCAAUCAUCUGUGCAUACUCAUCACUGGAUGAGUUUGCACUACAGCACAAACUGAUUUUAAAUCCUCAGAUUUCAGUAGGGCUGUGCGAUAUGACCAAAAUCUCAUAUCCCGAUAUAAAACAUUUCUUAUCCUGAUAACGAUAUAUAUCACAAAAUAGUGUUUUUUCUGUAAAUUCUGUGAAUCUCAGGCAACUCGACUUGUUUUCAGCUUGGCCUCGUGGCAUGACUGAUGCAUGAAACUGUAUAUUAAGUUGUAACGGCCGUCAUUUUCUUUGUAACUAUUUAUUACAUGGCAUGUUGCAGGGAAAAACCUGGCGGCUCUUUUUUGCUUCUCAUCCAUAAACUCUCUCCAUACUCUUUCACGUGAUUCUUGCGUAGGUGGUGGAAGAGGUUUGUCGUGUUUGAGUCUGUGGUGGGGACCAGUUUACAGCAUAAUUUGCAUAGUACAGUUUUCUGGUCCGUGUCAGACUUUUGCAUAACCAAACCAUGUCCAUGCUACAGAGGUAGCCCCUCGUUAAGGAAUAAGGUCCUCGAUUGGUUUUGACUGGUCCUUCUGUUUGGAGCUGCCUGGUUCUGUCUCAUCUUCACUGGCUAUGCUGGUAUUCUCUGUGCCUGCAUCCACUUGGUGACUGUAAGCGCCAUUUAUUGUUACUUCAUGUUUUUAUUUGAGGUAAUUUGUUUGAUGCAUAUUCUGAAAUUUGAUGUUUGAUAAGGAAUUCCUUGUCAUCCCCCCAGCCGCUGUUUGUGAGGCCCUGGUUGAGGCCUUUAUAACAAAAACAAAACAGCUGUCAAUAUUUAAGAAAUGUUUUCUGAUCUCACUCAACAUCACACACCAACAGAAGAAAACUGAUUUCUACAAUCCUCAUUUUAAUUGCAUAUUUAAAAUAUCAAAACAAAGUGUGCACACUUCUCAUACCUACCCUCCGCUUUCCAGAAUGUAUGAGACGUACAUGCACAGAUGGGCCCACACUAAAUACAAAUAAAUAUAGUGCAGGACAGUGGUGUGCACCCUUGCGCCUGUACUAUGUGGAAAAAAGGUUAAA